AUGGCCGCCGACCAGAUUUUCGCGCGCUGCGGCGCUCGAACCCAGAUCUUGGCGCUGCUCGCCGCCAUCGCGCUUUCCUGCGCCCCCGUCGCGUUCGCCGCGGAGGAGGACCACGAUGACCACGAUGACCACGACGACCACGAUGACCACGACGACCACCACCACGAUGGCACCAAGGAGCACCUCAACCUCAAGAUUGGCCUGCUCUUCGUCAUCUUCUUCGAGGCGCUCUUCGGCGGCCUGCUCCCCCUGGCCAUCGUCAAGUCGCUCCCCAAGAUGACCGGCGUCAUCUCGCUCAUGAACGCCUUCUCUGGCGGCAUCUUCCUCACCGCCGGUCUCGUUCACAUCCUGCCCCACGUCGUGGAGGAGGGCGAGAAGAAGGAGUACGCCGGCAAGUACCCCCUCUCUUACACGCUCGUCGUGCUCGGCUACAUGCUGGUGUUUUUCGUCGAGCGCGUGCUCUUCCACACGCACUCGCACUCCGAGAUGGACUACGAAGGCCACGUCUCCCACGGUCACGGCCACGGCCACGGCCACGGCGCCCACGGUCAUGGCGGGCUCAAGGAUGGCCAUCACAAAAUGCUGGACGAGGAAGCGGCGAAGACGGAGUCCGUCGCGCUCUCCGAGACGAAGCCGGAUAAGAGCAACUUCUACAGCGCGUUCAUCAUCCUCUUCGCCAUCUCCCUCCACGCGGUGCUCGCGGGCGUCAGCCUCGGCGUGCAGCACGAGCGCGAGAGCAUCAUCGCGCUCACCACCGCCAUCUGCAGCCACAAGGCGCCCGCGGCGUUCUCCAUCGGCGCCAAGUUCAUCAAAGAGGGACUGACCAAAUUGGAGUCGAUCGCGCUCAUCACCCUCUUCGCGUGCGUCACGCCGCUCGGAAUCGCCAUCGGCAUCGCCGCGGAGCAGGCGGGCGGCUUGACCCUGCUCAUCCUCGAGGGGCUCUCCGCCGGUACGUUUCUGUACAUCGGCGCCACCGAGGUGAGCACGGAUGCGUUCGAGACGUGCGCGAGGGCGUGCGGCGAGAUCAGGACCGGAGACAAGGGUGGCAAGUUGACGGAAUCUGGGGUUUCUAUCUGCGACGAGCCCGUCGUCGUCCACGGCGCCCCAAGCCGCGUCGAUCGUUUCUGGGCGUUCUCGGCGUACUCCAUCGGUUGCUUCGUCAUCUUCAUGUCGGCGCUGUCCGCCCCGGAGCACGAGCACUGA